AUGGAUGACUCCGACGAUUCGGACUUCUACGGCUCCCCCAAAACCGUCUCCAGGCUCAAGUCCCGAGUUGCCGCCUACAACACACCUUCUUACUGGUCCUCCCAAGAAGCACGCACCAAACUCAUCACCUCCCGGAUCACCCCUUCGGAAUCCACCUCCCAGUCCCCUCUAGCCUCAGGACGCCUUCACAACACCUACGCCCAUAUCCCCCACGCCGCCUACCAACUCACAGAAUCCAUCCCCCAGUUCCUCGCCCGCCUACCCCCAGCCACAACCAACUGCCGCUUUGGCCUAGAAUGGAUCUUCAUCGCCAACCCCUACCUCCCUCCCCGUCCCCCCUCCGACCACGACCGCUUUAUGAGAGCCGGCCGUGAACGUCUUGACCUGUUCAAAUCCUUCAUUGACAAGACCACCGCUGCCUACCCCAACUCUCCCCUGGUCGCCAAACGACACAUUGCCGUGGCCAGAAAGGAGACAAUAGAGGACCUAAAACAGCUAGCGGUGGAGUGCCGCGAGACUUCUGGGAAAUGGAUGCUGUUCCCGGACGUAGCGUUCGUUAAUGAUACGUGGAAGAAGGUUGCCAGGGCGGUGGCGAAUCAUCAGUUGGGGACUGCGGCCAAGGUGGCGACGAGGAUGCCUGCGGGGUAUGAUGAUGGGCACGCUGAGAAGAAAGAGAGACUGAUAUGCAUCUAUACUGAGGAUUUUACGGAUAAGGAUGAUGUGGCGAGAGUGUUGAGGAGGAUGAAAGAGCUGGAGUUGGUGAAGCAGGGCCCGGGAGCGAGGCAGAUCUACUACAAGGCUGAUGCUUGGACCGAACUGGGAAUAUAUGGGGAAAAUGAAUGGGGGAUCAAAGCUUCCUUGUACAACUCGAAAGAGAAAUUUGAGUACAUCAAAGAAGUCACCGGGAAGAGGACGUUUUGA